ACAGAUUGUCGAACUCUCAAAAAUGGAAACAACACCCUGGACAAAAAAAGGAGCCGACCUACUGAAAUCAGGCCUAUUUUCCGAUAUUUGCAUUCGUGUGGAGAACACCUGUUUCAAGUGUCACAAGAUAAUCCUAGCCUGCGCCUCGGAGUUCUUUGAGAAAUUGUUUCAAAAGGAUGGAUUGGAGACAGGAAAUGUGGUUUUGGAGGGCACAACGCCAGAAGUUUUUGAAAUAUUUCUUAAUUACAUUUACACCAUGGACAAGGAAUUUUUGAAAAGCGUAGAACUGGAUCAUUUGUUAUCUCUCAUGAAAUGUGCUAAUAUGUGGCUUGCAGCUGAAGUGGAAAAUGUUUGCCCGGAAAUAAUUGUUGAAACUUGUGUUAUUAGUGGAAUAAACGAAAAAAGAUUGAUUCAGAUUUAUGAAGUAUCCUAUCAGGUGAAUAAUGAGUCCCUAAUGAAUUGGAUAAUUUCGAUUUUGAAAAAGGAUGACGCUAUGGACCUUCAGGAAUCCGCCAAACUGGGCAUCGACUGCUUUAUGGAAUAUUUUCAGCACACAAGUGAAAUGGAAGAAUCCAAGCGCUUUGGCCUUUUGGAGAUGUGGAUGCAUCAAAAUUGUUUAGAAGAUGAGGGGUUUGUUUUUUCGUUGCGUGAGAAUAGCAAAGCCAAAAACAAAAAUGAAAAAUCUUUUCCGGCAUUCGAGAAAAUUUCUCUUAUGCUGAGUAGCAUUGACUUUGAGAAAAUGACUCUGAAAGAAUUUCAUAAUGGACCUGGGAGAUCGAUUUUCAUUUCUGACACAGAUAAAGUUGACACAAUAUAUGGAAUUGCCAAAAAAGUAAUUGAUAGCAGUUUUACGGCUCUAUGAAGAAAGCUUUUUGAAUAAAAAUAUUAUAUAUUAGUAUAUAAUUUAGUUGCUAGCGAACUUUUUCGUUCAAAUUAAAGAUAUAAACCUAUUUUUGUCAGAAGAGACUUGAAAGUUGAUUAAACAUUUUCGGCAGCGUCCUUUCAACUCCCGCACACAAACGUAGAUGCAUACGUAACUCACCUUAAUCAAGCGGCAAUUGUUGCAGUUUCUCCCCCUGAUUUCCACCUCCCUCACCGCCCAGGCAAUGCAAUUCAAUCCGCCGGCCUGCCCACAAUAGUUAACAGCAUUGUUACACUUUUAAACGGUAUUUUUCAACAAGGUAUUUGGGUAGCUCUGUGGUAAUAUAGCCAGAAUAUAAGGUAGAUUUUUUGGA